GUGAUUUUUUCCCAGUUUUCCUGCAGGUUCUUGAAAGAUUGAUGGCAUCCUGUCCGGGAUGCGUGACGGCAGUGUCGAGCAUAUGCAGCGCUCGUGAUUGAUGUACCCGUGUGUUCCAUUCCGCGCUGUAGUUUCUGGCUGCCGAAUUACUCUUGCCUUGGGCUUCGGUGGAAAAGCAUUUCAACUAUCCGUUCGGAAUCCGAAGUAUAUCAUCAGGGCCAACAUUAUGGGAGCUUCUGGUGACGGCUGGGUGCCGAGACCUUUGGUGGUUUGCGGCCCAUCUGGUGCAGGAAAAUCCACACUUAUCAAGAACCUCAUGGAAGACUUCAACGGCCUGAUUGGAUUCUCUGUAUCUCAUACAACUCGUUCGCCGAGGCCGGGGGAAACCAAUGGAGUGGAAUAUCACUUCGUUUCAGUGGAGGAAAUGGAGGAGAGCGUGAACCGUGGAGAAUUCAUAGAAACUGCAAUUUUUGCUGCGAACAGAUACGGCACCAGCAAAGCAGCGGUACAUUCGGUGCUCAGUUGCGGAAAACUGUGUCUGCUCGACAUAGACAUCCAAGGUGCGAAGCAACUGAAAUUAGUUGCGGACGAAUUCGUUCCUCCGCCAGCAUUCGUCUUCAUAAGUCCGCCGUCUCUGGAGACCCUGGAAAAGCGUCUCCGCAGCCGCGGGACGGACUCGGACGACGCCAUCGAACGCCGCCUCGCCGUGGCUCGUGCAGAAAUGGACUAUGGGACAGAACCCGGUAACUUUGACCUCCUGGUGGUGAACGACGACUUGGAGACUGCUUACGAAGAAUUUAAGGAGUUUGUUUUUACUCUCUUACCUCAAUGAGUUGGGUGUGACGAUUGUCGGGAGGACAUAUUAAUUGGACGCAGGGGCUCACGUGUGUGGUUAAUUGCACUGUGGUUCCUGGUUGUUUCUGUUGUUGAUCCUCACCGCACCGGCUUGGCCUAUCUGCCUCAGUGUCUACUUGAAAAGUAUUCCCAUAGCUGUGCUGUUCCGCGUUCCAGUUGUGCGAAGAAUCUAUAGUUUGAGAAAUUGGGCUUUUUAUUCUGGCGGGGAUUUGUAGGAAAGAUAUUGUUUUGGAAAGCAAAAAGGUUUUCACGUUUUGGAAACACUGUUGUGCAGUGCUGUAAUUUUAUCUACGCUUAUGUUUGUACAUGCUAUUGCUCGUUGAUAGGAAAUGAGCGACAAAUUCGUGAAUCAUUCGAAGUCACGCAUAAAUUUCUUCCUUUAUGCCAGGUCGUUGCGGAAAACUUGAACCAUUGCGAUAACACUAAUUUUCGCUUGAAUCCCUCUAAUGACAUGCAUUAUUUUUAGCAUGGCUUGAUUAACUCUACGUUUUUUGUUCCUCUGUAUCUCAAGUAUUGCUCAUACGUUUUUCAGUUGCUGCCGAGUAGAAUAAUUGUUGAUGUCCUCGAGUUGUAAUGCUUCUGUUGCAUAUUCGUCCAGUCAAUUAGUAGUACAAAAAGAAAUCAGACUUGGGUCGGUUAAACAAAGCAACAAAUUAGUGAUGUAUUUCAUGUUAAAAUGCUGUGUAUGUUGAGUUUGCUACCUCAUGAAAAUUUUAAAAGUAGCGCUACGUAACUAACAUUCACUCUGGUUGACGCUCCCUUUUGGCAAUGACAUGAAUCGAAGUAUUACAUUCGAAGUUAUUUUUGUGCCCGGUGGAUGUUAAGUUUUGCUCAAGUGAAACCAGCAGGUAGAAAUACUUGAAAUAAUUCGUGAUGAUUUUCAUAGAUUAUACAUGCAUAAUUUAAUUGAAUCUUGUUGGGAAGUCGAAGCAUGUUAUCAAUUUCAAGAAAUUGUCUGUUCGAUUUUAGAAGGUUUUGAUGAAAUUGCUGCUUAGAAGCGAUUAAAAGACUUGACACCUGAAUUUUCGUUAAGCCUAAAUUUAACAGUAUUAAAAAGACCAGAAGAGAAAUUCGCGAAAAUACUUCGUGCGGAUUGUAAUUUUUGGAUAGAUCCAGGGAGAUGCGGUUGGAGUUCGUGUGGUUUGUUGCUCAUCUUGUGUUACCCCAACUGACAUAAAUCUCCACAUUCCGAAUUUUUCAACAACAAAAAAUGAAAUGUCUUUGUGUUCUCUUUGGAUUGCUCUCUGAAGAAGCUGUAGCGCAGUACCUCUGCUAUGUGUUCGCUGUUCCACUGGUUGUUGGCUUUGUUUGUUCUUGUUUCAUGACUGUUGGAAUCCACGGAAGGCUUCUGUUCUGUUUUGUGUCUCGGAGAGAACGUUUUUAAUUUUUCACGGGAGUUUAUUGUUCGUUGGGCGCAAUAAAGAGGCGAAGAGACGUGGGACAACGUGCAGCUGA